AUGAGCAUGGUGCCGUCAGUGUCCGCUAAGGACUUCAUCGUGGCUACCAAGUACAAGUUAAUCCGGAAAAUUGGCUCCGGCUCCUUCGGCGACAUCUACGUCAGCAUCAAUGUGACGAAUGGCGAAGAGGUGGCCAUCAAGCUCGAGAGCAAUCGGGCUCGUCACCCGCAGCUCCUCUACGAGUCGAAGGUGUACAAGAUUCUUCAAGGGGGAGUGGGUAUCCCGCACAUCCGGUGGUAUGGAACAGAACGGGAAUAUAAUGUGUUGGUCAUGGACCUCCUGGGCCCAUCCCUAGAAGAUCUUUUCAAUUUCUGCAGCCGUCGCUUCACGAUGAAGACUGUGCUGAUGCUGGCCGACCAGAUGAUCGGACGGAUAGAGUAUGUGCACGUGAAGAACUUCAUCCACCGCGACAUCAAGCCGGACAACUUCUUGAUGGGGAUCGGGCGGCAUUGCAAUAAGCUGUUCUUGAUCGAUUUUGGGCUUGCCAAGAAGUACCGCGAUUCUCGCACCCGCACCCACAUCCCCUAUAGGGAGGACAAAAACCUGACGGAAGAUGAGAAUAUGUAUUGUGCGGACUGCAAUGGCAAAUCGCCAAGAUGGGCUGCCUGGAACCUAGGAAUUUUCAUUUGCAUCUCCUGUGCGGGUAUUCAUCGUAAUUUAGGGGUACAUAUCUCGAAGGUGCUUUCUGUAUCUCUAGAUUCGUGGACUAGAGAAAAAGUGGUACCGCUAGAAGAGAUUGGAAAUGCUCGUGCUCGGGCAAUUUAUGAAGCGACGUUACCUGACGGGUUCCGCCGACCAACGCAGGGUAGAUCUAUGGAAGAUUUUAUUCGCGCUAAAUAUGAGCAUAAACGAUAUUAUUCGCGUGAUGGUGUGCCGCCUGCUAAGGCUAAGGAAAGCUCAACCAAGCGCGUAUCGAUGUCAGCAAAUGGGCAUGCGGUUGUUACACAAUCGAACUCUAAAAACGAUUCAAUGUUGCUCAAUUUUGAUGCUGAGGAGCCGCAGCAAGCGAAAGCCGCUACUUCGCUCAGUGAUCCAUUUGGAGGCAUGACGCUGUCAUCCGGAAACAUCAUGGAUGAUGAAUUUGGAGAGUUCGUCUCUGCCAAAAAAGCUGAUGCUCCAGUGGCUCAAGCGAAUGGAGGGAAUGCUCAGAACCUGCUCAACAAUGACAACCCAUUGGCUGAUAUUCAAAUUCAGCCAACUGCUUCGGGAUCAUUGGAUGCCACCCCUGCAACCGGGCAGAUUAAAUCCAACGCUGAUAUUAUGGCCUUGUUUGCUAGUUCACAAAAUACAGGUGCUCGGACUCAAUACUCCAAUUUCCCGCCGGUUAGCGGCUUCUCCGCGACGGCUUAUGGGUUGAGCCAGUUCACCCAGCCAGCUGCCCCGAUCGCCCAGUCACCAGCUCCAGCCCAAAUCCCACCAAAUCCCCAGAUGCAAAACUUUGGUGCUUUCGGAGCUCAGGCUCAGCCCCCACAAAUGUUUUCUCAACCUACUGGUGGUAAUCUGCAAAUGUCUGGGCUUGAUUUUGGAAAUGGCAGCCAUAUGCCCGCUCAACCGGCCCCUGCCGCUCAAAAUACGAAAGCGAUGUCGGCGUUUAAUGAUAUUGAUAAGGACAUGUUCAAAAUGAUUUCCGGCUCAAAAUCGCAAGGAUCCGGCGGCUUCUCCCAAAAAUCAGCGCCACCCCAACCACAACCAGUCAAACAAGUCCCCAUCGAUGAUUUGUUAGAUCUUUUC